CUUUCCCCCCUUUUCUCGCUUCCCGCCCCCCAGGUCCGGUUCCUGGAGCAGCAGAACAAGAUGCUGGAGACCAAGUGGAGCCUCCUGCAGAGCCAGAAGACCACCCGCAGCAACCUGAGUGGGCUCUUCGAGGCUUACGUGGGCAGCCUGCGCCGCCAGCUCGAGGGCCUGGGCCAGGAGCGCCUGCGCCUGGAAGCCGAGCUGGGCAACAUGCAGGGGCUGGUGGAGGAGUUCAAGAACAAGUAUGAAGAAGAGAUCAACCACCGCACGGAGAAGGAGAAUGAGUUUGUCCUGCUCAAAAAGGACGUGGACGAAGCCUACAUGAACAAGGUGGAGCUGGAGUCGCGCCUGGAGAGCUUGACUGAUGAAAUAAAUUUCCUGAGGCAGCUUUAUGAUGAGGAGCUGCGGGAGCUGCAGUCUCAGAUCUCCGACACCUCCGUCGUCCUCUCCAUGGACAACAACCGCAGCCUGGACCUGGACGGGAUCAUCGCCGAGGUGAAGGCGCAGUACGAGGAGAUCGCCAACCGCAGCCGCGCCGAGGCCGAGAGCAUGUACCAGGUCAAGUACGAGGAGCUGAAGACGACGGCCGGGAAGCACGGGGACGACCUGCGCAACACCCGCGGCGAGAUCAACGAGCUCAACAGGCUGAUCCAGAGGAUCCAGGCGGAGAUCGAGGCGCUCAAGAACCAGCGAGCCAGCCUGGAGACGGCCAUCGCGGAGGCGGAGGAGCGCGGGGAGCUGGCCCUGAAGGACGCCAGGGCCAAGCUGGGCGAGCUGGAGGCAGCCCUGCAGAAGGCGAAGCAGGACAUGGCCCGGCAGCUCCGCGAGUACCAGGAGCUCAUGAACGUCAAGCUGGCCCUGGACAUCGAGAUCGCGACCUACAGGAAGCUGCUGGAGGGCGAGGAGAGCAGGCUGGAGUCCGGCAUGCAAAACCUGAGCAUCCACACCAAGACGACGGGGUACUCGGGUAAGGCCGGGGGGGGCGCGGGGGCUUCGGGGGGGGCGUGGGGGGGGGGGUUCAGCACCUCCUUCGCCAGCUCUGGCUACGCUGUGCCCCCCCCGGCCCUGGAGAGCUCGUCCCUCACCAAGUCCCGCGCCAUCGUCAUCAAGAAGAUCGAGACCCGCGAUGGCAAGCUGGUGUCCGAGUCCUCCGACGUCCUGGCCAGCUGA